CACUUCCGGUGCCGCGGGCGCUGCGUUUCCGGUGCGCGGGGAAGGCGGCUGCGGGAGGCUCUCACGGUCACGCGGGGUCCCCACGCUGGCACCGGCAGCAUGAAGCCCAGGCCUGCGGUGUUCGUAGACGGGAAGCUGAAGCAGCGAGUCAUCCAGUACCUCACCAGUAAUAGAUGUGGCAAAUAUGUAGACACUGCAGUCUUAGCAUCUGACUUGCAAAGAAUGUACAGUGUAGAUUAUGGCCGAAGAAAAAGAAAUGCUUUUAGGAUUCAGGUAGAAAAAGUAUUUAGCAUAAUUAGUAGUGAAAAAGAACUUAAGAAUCUGAAAGAAUUAGAAGAUGAACAUCUGGCAAAAAGAGCAAGGCAAGAUGAAGAGGAUGAGUACACUGAAAGCUAUUCUGAUGAUGAUUCAAACAUGGAAGAUUACCCAGAUCCACAGUCAGCAAAUCACAUGAACAGUUCCCUGCUAUCUUUGUAUCGGAAAGGAAACUCUGACUCUGUUUCAAACACUCCGAAGUUGGAACAGAGAGAAGCCACCACUUCAACACCAUUGCUGACUUCUAAAAUGGACUCCAUGCCAUUGAAGACCCCUGCCAGAGCAUCUGAGGGAGGAUGGUUCAUUGACAAAACCCCAGGUGGAAAGAAAGAAAGUCUUCCCUUGGACCUGUCAGAUGACCAAAGCAAUUAUAAGCAGCCAGAUUCUGAGAUACAGAAUUUAAAAGAUUCUUCUCUUCUGGAAAGUGAUAAGAAAAGGAAAGGUAGGCCAAAGGGCAAAGGAAACAAAAGAAAGACAGAGCAUCUUCAAGAAGUAGAUGGAGAAGUAGAAGCUGUUCUGCAGAAGAAAGCUAAAGCAAGGAGUAUAGAGUUACAGAUUUCCAGUGUGAAGUUUGAAGAUGUUGGAGGCAAUGAUGCAACAUUAAAAGAAGUCUGCAAAAUGCUCAUACACAUGCGCCACCCGGAAGUAUACCAACACCUUGGUGUCACCCCGCCUCGUGGAGUUCUCUUGCAUGGACCACCAGGCUGCGGGAAGACAUUACUUGCACAUGCAAUUGCUGGGGAACUUGACUUGCCAAUUCUGAAAGUGGCUGCACCAGAGAUUGUGUCAGGAGUUUCAGGGGAGUCUGAGCAAAAGCUCAGAGAUUUAUUUGACCAAGCUGUGUCAAACGCCCCCUGUAUUGUUUUCAUUGAUGAAAUCGAUGCUAUUACCCCCAAAAGAGAAGUUGCUUCAAAAGAUAUGGAAAGAAGAAUUGUAGCCCAGCUUCUAACCUGCAUGGAUGAUCUGAAUAAUGUGGCAGCUACAGCUCGAGUGCUAGUUGUUGGAGCUACCAACCGACCAGACUCGUUGGAUCCUGCUCUGAGGCGUGCAGGAAGGUUUGACCGAGAAAUAUGCCUGGGUAUCCCAGAUGAGGCUUCUAGAGAAAGAAUACUUCAAACUUUGUGCCGGAAACUGAGACUUCCAGAAACUUUUAAUUUUUGUCACUUAGCACAUCUGACGCCUGGCUUUGUUGGUGCUGAUCUGAUGGCACUUUGCCGGGAGGCAGCCAUGUGUGCCGUCAAUAGAGUCUUGAUGAAGCAACAGGAGCAGCAGCAGAGUCCUGAGAUGGAAGGUUUGCCCCCUAAAGGAGCCCAGGAGGAGAGGCUGGGGGCUGAGCCCUCCUCUGACACACAGGAUGACUUGCAAAGGCUCUUGAGGUUGCUAAGAGACCAAGAUCCCCUCUCAGAGGAACAGAUGCAAGGACUAUGCAUUGAGUUAAAUGACUUCAUUGUUGCUUUAGCAGAAGUUCAGCCUUCUGCUAAAAGAGAAGGCUUUGUAACUGUCCCUAAUGUGACAUGGGCCGAUAUUGGUGCCCUAGAAGAUAUUAGAGAAGAGCUCAUAAUGGCAAUAUUGGCACCAGUACGCAACCCAGACCAGUUCAGAACUCUUGGUUUGGUGACUCCUGCUGGCAUCCUACUAGCCGGUCCUCCUGGUUGUGGGAAAACUCUGCUAGCAAAGGCUGUGGCAAAUGAGUCUGGACUAAAUUUUAUAUCCGUAAAAGGCCCUGAAUUAUUAAAUAUGUAUGUUGGAGAAAGUGAACGUGCUGUGCGACAGGUUUUUCAACGGGCCAAGAACUCAGCACCCUGUGUGAUAUUUUUUGAUGAAGUAGAUGCUUUAUGUCCUCGGAGAUCAGACCGAGAAACAGGUGCUAGUGUCCGUGUGGUGAAUCAGCUGCUGACGGAGAUGGAUGGGUUGGAAACACGUCAGCAAGUUUUUAUUUUGGCUGCCACUAAUAGGCCAGAUAUCAUUGACCCUGCCAUUCUGCGCCCAGGCCGCCUGGACAAAACACUCUUUGUAGGUUUGCCACCCCCAGCAGACCGUGUUGCCAUAUUAAAGACUAUCACAAAAAAUGGCACCAAGCCGCCGCUGGGUGAAGAUGUAAAUUUGGAAGCAAUUGCCAAUGACCUUCGUUGUAAUUGCUAUACGUGAGUAUUGAAGUCUCUGGUCUCUUCACCCUCUGGAGUAUAGCUUCUUCAUCAACAGGAGAGAAAAAGAUGCCCAUUUCUCAGGUUGUUGGAAAAGCUAAUGAGGUUUUCUGUGUAACACCUUACCUAAUGCCUGGUGGUUCUUGCUGCCUCCUCAGAGGACAGCUUGCUUGCCCAUUUGGAUGUUGAAUUCCUGACGUAGACGAUGCUAUUGGCACUCAAGCUUGCCUGACCACUUGGUCGCCCUUCACUAUUAGUUCUACUUGCAGCAUAUGUAAAGCCUUGCUCCUCGCUGGAGGUUAAUCUGCCAGGCUGUGCUCCCUGCUCACAUGUACAUUGAGCCUGCAACAGCAGCCUGAUGACUGAUACUUCUGCCUUCAGCUUUUGUGUAUUCUUGUUAUGGAUUAGCUGAGACCCUCCCUCCAGCCACUCUGUUAUUUUAAAGCCCUGUUGUUUGUCCCUAACACCUUUGGUAGUUGAUAUUUGCCUCUAGAGCACGGCCAGCUAACACUGGACUUGCCACCAGUAGUAAGGUAAGUGAGUCAGUAUUUCAUUGUUGAGGGCUUCAGGGCUGUUGCUCAGCAGAGCAAACUUACUUCCAAGGGUUUCUGUGUGGCUUUGGAGUUCUAGAACUCGCUCUGUAGACCAGGCUGGCCUCAAACUCAGAGAUCCGCCUGUCUCUGCCUCCCGAGUGCCGGGAUUAAAGACGUGCGCCACCACCGCCACUAUCACCACUAGGGUCACGAGUUGGUCUUGAAUGGUAACAUAGACACUUGAUUAUUGAAUACCUGGAAAUGAGGUUUUAGUUCUAAAAUUCAUAUCCUUUCUUAAAAAUUCUUUGUGGAUUGUGUUAAAGCUAAGUAUAGGAAGUCCCAGUCAAACACUGGUGCUUCACUGACUUCUUAGGACUAUGCUGACCCAGCCUGUUAUUGCCUUGAAUAUUUAUUACUUGUAAUAAUUGCACAAUGAAACUUUGGGGGGCGUGUCUUGUGUCUGUUCACUCAGCUUUGUAUAUGUGUGUGCAAGCACACUCGUGCACUUAUGUCCACGUUCAUCCAGGUGUGUGCAGGUGCCUGUGGAGAUCAGAGUACAAACUACUUUAGGUACUUAGGUGUUGUUCCUCAGAAGCCACCUUGUAUUUUGAGACAGGAUGGGUUUUGGUUUUGGUCUUGUUAUUGUUUUAAAUCCUAGAGCUCAUGCCUAUUAGACUAGGCUGAGUCACCAGUGAACUCCAGGGAGCUGCCUGGGCUUUGACUGGGCUUCUUUUUCUUUUCUUUUUCCUUUCCUUUCUUAUUCUUUUUUUUUUUUUUUAAAUGUAGUUUCCAGGAAUUGAAUUCCUGUCAUUGUACCCUAGCCUCUGGGUGGAUAUUUUAUAUCUACAUUAGUAUCUACGGCUAAUAGGAAGGACAUUUUUAGUUUUCAUUGUAUCAUGCCUUCCACAAAUCCUUCUGUUCUGGAGGUUAAAAGCUCUCUCCUACUGAUCCCAGUCAGCUUGCCCCACCUUCAUUCAUUGCCCUUUCGUCAUUAAGUAUAUUAUAAUUGAACGUCUCUCUUGGCUUUUAGAAUUCCUAAGAAUACAUAAGAGCACUUCGUUUU